GUCGCUCCAAGACGCGCUUGCGGGGCCCUUAGCUUACCCUUCAGUUUCAGUCGCGUUCGUUAUUUCAGUAGAGUGAGACGCAUUCUCGAUUCCUGAUAACCUAGUAUGAUAAUUGAUAAGGAAUGAUAAACUUUCAUAACUAAUGUGUUUUGAGUGUAAUCAUCGAGUUUCUCGCGUUUACCGUGUUUAUGGACUUAAAGUUUCACUUUUUCGUAGAGUUUGGAUUUCUGGCGCCGGCACCUAAUGGACCAAUUGAUUUCACAUUACGACAUAUUGUCCAACUGAAGGCACCGCAAGAUGUCGAACAAAUCGCAAACUCUAAUGGAAAUAUUCCAAGAAAUCCUAGCGGCUUCUGGAAACUCAUCGGACAGUAAGAGUAUAAACGAGACGAGAAUCUUAACAGCUCUCAAGGAGCAGGCGUUUAAGGAAAGGAAAGAAAACAUCGGCUCAGUACUCGUCAAGGUGGUGAGCGACGCUCAGAGCAAACUCAAUCUCACUAUCAAACCGGAGGCCUGUAACUAUUGUGAAGGGGACUUCAGAGAUGUGGUUGAGGCGUACAACGGUAUACACGGAUAUGUCAGUCUUAUGGUUUGCACAAUCGGCGUGCUUGCCAACACAAUGAACGUGGCGGUUCUGACGCGGCGGGACAUGGCAGCGGCGCCCAUCAACCGCCUGCUCAAGUGGCUGGCUGUGGCUGACGUGUUCGUCAUGCUGGAGUACGUGCCCUUCGCCAUAUAUAAGUACUUGGUGCUGCCAGAGACCCUGGAUUUCCGGUACUCGUGGGCUAUGUACUUGCUGUUCCACAUGCAUUUCGCUCAAAUACUGCACACGGCGUCCAUAUGCCUCACCCUCUCCUUGGCGAUAUGGAGAUACAUCGCUAUAAAGUAUUCAGACAGGAGCCACAUUUUGUGUACUGAAAGGCGAUGUAGUGUCGCUAUAUUGACCAGUUUCUUAUUACCGCCCAUUUUGUGUAUUCCCACGUUUAUGGUGUUUGAUAUCCACACAAAGAAUGUGAGUGAUGUACCAGGGGACAUUGCAUAUCACGUGGAUUCAGACAACCAGGGCAAACUGUACCAAAUCAAUUUCUGGGUGCACGCAGUCGCGAUAAAACUGUUGCCUUGCUCAAUAUUGACAGUAAUCAUUCUAUGGCUGAUACGAGCUUUGUACAGUGCCAAUCAGCAUCAAAAGAAUCUGCGGAAUUAUAGCGCUUGUCCAGCUGCGGAGAAAAUGGUAAAAAGACAACACAAGGCCGACAAAAGGACGGACAGAACAACAAAAAUGUUACUGGCUGUGUUACUCCUGUUUCUAGUCACGGAAUUACCUCAGGGAAUACUCGGUUUGAUGAGCGGAUUACUCGGGAAGUGCUUCUUCGAUCGAUGUUAUAACUUAUUCGGUGAGCUGAUGGACUUUUUGGCACUUUUGAAUGGAGCGAUCAACUUCAUCCUGUACUGUUCGAUGUCUAAGCAGUUCAGACAGACAUUUAGAGCGUUGCUUCUGCAGAGGCACCUCGCUCGAUUCCUUCCCCCUACUGCGUCGCACUCGGACUCUCACAACCAGAAUACGUGCACAGAAAAGAUAAAAAGAUAACCGCUGCAGAGCGUCAGUAAAGUAUGAAUUGCUUACGAAGGGUGAAACGGCGGGGCUAGUAAUGAAAUAAACCAUUUGUAGAAUAUUUAUUAAUUUUUAAUUAUUCUUAUUUUAACCAAAUGAAGUACUCCUAGCUCGCAAAGUACCUCAUGAAUAUAAAGGGAACUUUAAUCGGCUCUUAAAAAUACAUUUUAAUUUGGAAAUGUCCUUCAAUAUUGUUUCUGAGGUCAAACAAGGGUCCCUAAGCUUCACCCGAAACAAUUUUGUUUAAAGGGUUGAGUUUGU